UCCACUUCUCCCGGGAAUACAGGAGUUGACCUAGCUCUAUCCCGCUCUAUACUCUCUCGAAUUCAACGCUUUACACACCUUUUCACCUCCUCUGCUCCACCGGAAACGUCAUCUUGACCUUCAACGAUCCCAAUUUCUGAACAGCCGAGCCCAUUGCAUCAGCACUAUCGAUAAUGAGAGUUUGAUAAGGCAUCGACCAGAGAGCGACAAGCAAACCAGUGGUCCCCGGAAAUUCUCCCUUUCCCUCCCUCUGCCUUCCUCACCUUUUAUAUAGCUUAUUUCCAUAGUUCCUGAUUCAGGCAGAAAUUUUUGGGGUUCCAAGGAUCAUGGCUACAGCAUACCAUCUGCCUACGUUUUUGUUCGGUGUGGUGGUGCUUUCAUACCUGUCUACAUUCGUACUCUUCGCGGUUCUACGAAUUCUUACUGGAAUAUCUAUUCAACGCAUUGGAUACUUUUCCUUAAAACGCAUUAGCUAUGAGCCCAAGAACGGCAUCAAAUUGGAGGUCCGGAAAUUAGGCCUUUUGUUGCAUAGACCAACGUUUGCGCAGCCAACGUGGAUUAGCAUCGCUAUCUCGGACUCGCAAUUCUCAAUCGAUCUUAGGAAGACACAGGAGGAGGAGGGUGAUUCAGAUGAAGUGGAAAGGAAGGGGAAAGGAAUAGGGCAGAAGGAUACAUUGAAGGGCGAAGAGGGGCGAGGGAUAAGGCGGAAUUCCAGAACUUGGGAAGGGGUCAACAAGCUGAGGGAGUCUUUGAGGAAGAUACACAAGUUGGUAAAGUGGCUACAGAUGGUGGAUAUUGUUUCUACCAAUACCAACCUGUCCAUCGCAGAUGUCGGGAGCGUACAGGUGGGGAGUAUGACCAUGAUACUGGACACUCGGCGGAAGACCGCCGAGAGGAACCGUAUGUUUGAUCAUACCACCGACCUGAAGGAGGACCAAAAUCCAAUUGAAUGGAUGUUUACCGCUCGGAGCGUUCUGUUCUUCCCUGAGAAAAAGAAGGAGCCCCUCGAGAUUCUGGACCACUGCAACUUCAAUAUCUACGGCUUGCUGGAAAAUGGUUUGGAUGUUUUCCGAGACGCGGCUAUGGCCCUCAAGGUUGGGAAAAUUACCAUACCACUUGAUGAGAUUUUGGGGUGUUUGGUAAAGUUGCGGGCCAUCAGAACUCCUGCUAUGAAGAAAACUCGAGGGCCAGGGUCCAAGCUCCGAUUGGGGGCAGUUAUGGAGGAAAUGUCCUUGCCUGGCAGCAAAACCGAACGGAUGGCAGAGACGGUUAUGGAGUCAAAGGAAUUCUUGGAGUCGCUGUUACGCGGUUUGAAGGAGGUUCAAUUUGCGAUCGGAUAUCUUCUGAUAUCCAAGUCCGUAAGGUCGGUACAGCCGUCGGGGAAGCCGCUGAAGGUCCUAGUAGGUAUGAAGGAACUGGCAAUGGAUGUCCAUCGUUUGGAUCAGAAAUCACCAGCACACAGAAUGUUUGAUAGCCCCCCUAUAGCCUAGUUCUGAACUCUUGAUUGCUAAUGCUGUGGCCUAGGUACUUUUCUCCACAAGAUGUUGCUCACCAGGCUCUAUUAGCCGCGAUAUCAAUCUCGAUGAGCGUUGAUGAUGGUGUCCGGAAAGAUAAAUUCUUUUAUAUCCCUAUGGUGACGAUGACCUCCAAGACAACCUUGCCAUUCAAGACGAUCCAGCUGGUUGAGAAGUUAGAGUCAAACCGGAACGCAAAUAUCCUUUUCGCCAACGUGGUUGUCACUUCUCCCUCGAUCGAUCUCGAGCCAAGGCAUCUCCCUAUCUUGUUGGCACUUGUUCGGUCAAGGCCCAGAAAACCUACGUCUGGUCCUCGAGAGAGAACUCACCUUAUAUCGAAGCUGCUUCCAAAAGCAAGUAUUAAUUUUUCUGUUCACGAGCCGGUUAUUCGAAUUCUCUUGCCCUCUAAUGAUCCGGAGCGCCGAGCGACUGGUGAUAUGGAUAUGCUUAUUUCUAGUCUUUCAUCAAUAUCUGCGGUCGCGGACUCUUCCCAUGAAUCAGAAGGCCAAAAUGACUACUCCCUAUCUUGCUCUUUUAGAAUUACGUCCCAUCACUUAUACUAUCAAUCAUAUUCUGGAGAAAAGCAUGACCUUCUCCAAACUGAUGCCUUCGAUAUCAAAUUCCAGGUUAACGCCUCUCCGGAAGUUGAGGUAACUGCUCACGCAUAUCUUGAGACCUUCUCCCUUCGCCUUGUUCGGCCAGAGAUUGUUCAAGGGAUCAAGCAGACUGUUGGCCAAUUUCAUCGCAAUGUGAAGUCAGAUAAAUUGAAUGGACCUGAGAGGAGUGACGAUCCGAAUAUCCUUCGCCGGAUACCGUUGUGGAUCGACCAAUUCAAGAUGGAGGGAAUUGAUUUCAGUGUGGAGGUUGCAGGAGUGGAUGAGGAGAUAUCCGAAUUUACUCGAGGGGUAGCGCUGCAACUGGAUUCCUGGACAAUAGAAUACAGAGCUCGUAAGAGUGAGUCACGGUCUAGGCCGCCGCCUAGACGACGGGCUUCGAGGACUCUUUCUGCCGAUGAUACCAGAGGUUCAGAACUGCCACCCGCUGGGUCAAAGAAUCCGACGGAUUGCAGGAAGCUCAAUUUCCAUAUAAGAGGCCUAGAAGGCUAUAUGGUUGACUCACCAGACCCUUGGGAGCAGGAACCGUUUUUGAAUAUACCACACUUUGAUAUUGCAUUCGCUACCUCUGGCGACGUAGAAGGCCCUGUGUUGCAUAUCAGUUCCCAUUCUAAAUUGUUCUCUCUCAACUACUCACUCUACCGACAUUACACAAUCAUUGUCGCUACUAAGGUGCUCAUGGAGGCAUUCGGAGGGACAUCAACCAGGGAUGAGACGGGAUAUCCUCAGAUGAAGCCAGCGGAUACGCUCCAUCCGGGUAUGAUGGGCGACAUCGAUCUUGUGGAAAGCCCAAUCACCGAUUUCAGCGAGUACGUGAGUGUAGAUUUCAAGGUCCAGCACGUGCGUAUCAAGUCAAGCAUGCCAGAUGACCCGCCUAUGAUGCUAGAGGUAUUUGGACUGGAUACCGGGCGGCACAGGUGGGGUUUCCCAUUCCUCAAAGCGAAAAAUGUCCGGCUUUACAGCGAAUCGCCAAAGGUGAGAAAUUGCUGGGUUCGGAUGGUCAGUAUCAGGCAAUUCCGUGUUGAUCUGAGGGAAGGAACACGUAAAUACGGUGAGCAGUUUCGGGCAGAGAGGUCUAUUGAUAUGCUCGCCGAUGCUGUUCGAUUCGCCAUCCCCCACCAAUUGGUUUUAUACAAGGUGACCGACAAUGUGAUCAACACCGCAAAGGCUUGUCAACAGAUGCAUCAUCGAUUCAAAACUGGGACAAACGAAUAUAUUCUGGAAAAAAAGGCAGAAUCGGCAAAGAAGGUGCCGAGACUAUCUCUGAGCACCAAAGCUUUGCUUCUUGAACUCGAAGAUGACCCAUUUGAGACUCAGUUGGGGUUAAUUUAUCGUCUAGGCCUUUCCGAGCAGAAGAAACGACUCGCCCGUCAGGCUGCAUUUGAUGCAAAGGUCAAAAAGAUGGGUGAGAACGAGAGAAGAAAGUCGUCAGAGACCACGCGGACCGGACUGAAACCCGAGAAUCCGCCUCAAACAUCCGCGUCAAGGUUUAGAGGGAGAACUAAGACAUGGGGCGGUGGUUCGCAUCAUGCUCGUGCCGAGUCACCGGAGACGAGGCCCAAGUCAGUUCACCGUGGACCAAAAAAUAUGCGAUAUGACCCAGAAAGCGCUGCUGGCCCUUCUGAUGAUGCAUCAGUGUCUGUAGAGGAAGCCUGGGAGCGUCUCCAAGAGCAUAACUCGGCUGCCUGGAUUAAGCGUAUUAGAUGGGCGCACGAAUAUCACAGCAAUCGAAUGAAGGAGUCUAGGGAGCGAUUCUGGGGCCACGACGACAUUCCAUAUGAUGGUGAAGACACAGAAAAUAUUCUCGGUUUGCCGAUGCGCCCUGCACUUAUGGCAGCCUACUUUAAUGACGUUGAGAUUGUCGUUGAUAAGCCCUCAUUUCCUCUUGAACAGCUUCCAAAAUUCAUGCAUCGAGUUGGCAAAGGUCUUCCAGAAGAUACGGAGUUCGCACUGCUUGUGCCGGUAAGCAUUGAGGUAGCCUUUGGCGAGGGCCGGAUUCUUCUGCGAGACUACCCUUUGCCCCUUAUUCAUGUCCCUCGAAUGAGGCCCUCUCAAGCGAACAGAUCGUCCGCCUGGUCAUUGAAAGCCGACUUUGUUUUAGCUGAGGAAUUACGGGGCCCGGAGUCUAUGAGGCAUGUGAGGGUGAACAUCGUUCCACCCACCAAUGGGCUAGGCCCUUCGAGGGGUGGCUUUGCUGUUGAUGUACGGCGAACAGUUUCUCCAGUGAAGUCGUAUUCGGACAUUGCGGUAGCUAUCAGCACUUCCUUUGCGACAAGGGUCACUUGGUGCACAUCCUAUCAACCAGCAAUUCAGGACAUGAUGAUGGUGUUCGAAACCUUCACAAAACCUCACUUUGACCCCUCGGACAGAACUGGGUUUUGGGAUAAAAUACGCCUUGUCUUACAUUCACAAAUCAGCGUGAAAUGGAAGGGGGAUGGGGACGUUCAUUUAGCGCUCAAAGGUAACCGUCCGCUGAGCCUAUAUCAUAUCGCUUUUAUUUUGGAAUCAUGCUUACGGUUCAAGGCUCCCGGGAUCCUUACCAGAUCACUGGCAUUGGUGCAGGAUUCGUUCUGUGUUGGAGAGGGAAUGUGAAUUGGGAAAUUGGAAGAGAUGAGGACCCCCGGAAGUUCAUGGUAGUUGAUAGCGAGGAAUUCCUUUUGGCAAUUCCGGACUUUGCCCGUAAUGCCAAGGAUGAGUUCGACAGCGCUACGACAGCUGAAGACAAGAGCGUCCUAAGCUCCAGUAGUUGUGAAAGUGCAGCACUCUUCAAGAAGGUUAUCAUGAAGCUUUCGGGGCGAGUGAGGUGGUUGGUUGGGCUCAUGUUCGAGCGGGAGAUCUCUGGUAAUCAGUUGGGCGCUUGCGAGGGAAAAACGCGAUCCUUUGAAUUUAAACCUCAUUACGAAGUGACCCUCAAACCCCCCACCCAUGCGAGGGCUCCACCGGGAUUGGUCUAUGAUGCAUUCCGGGGUUUCAGGAGCCACCAUCUGCAUCUUUCCUUGGCCAUCCUCUCACCAAUUGAUAGGGACUGGUCCCCGGCGAACACAAAACCGUCUACAAGCUAUAAUACAAUUCACCUUACGCCUAGGUUCUUCACACACUUCUUCUCAUGGUGGGGCCUAUUCUCCGGCGUCAUGUCGUUGCCCAUUCGCCAGGGUCCUUUAUGGCCUGGCCCCGAGAAAUCUAAUAAGAAGUUUGGCCGGCACCUUGCGACUAUCAAAUAUAAACUUUGCAUAUCGCCGCUCUUUAUAAGUCAUAUGUACAAGCACAAUGACAAGGACGAGGCUGGGAACGAUGUGGUCGUUGCAACUGGUCUCAAGGCUAAACUGGACAGUCUUAUGGUUGACAUUCACCAACGGCGUGAGGAAACAAUUCCUAACCAACAGAGCACCGCAAUGAGGAUCAACCAAGCAGAGCUAGACUUCCACUCUGCGGAUAUCAGGGCCGUCUCGGCACUCAUUGCCUGCGCGACACCGGAUGAACUAAUGAAGCAGGCAGCAGAAGGUCCACUGCUAGGUUUAGCAGAAACCAUCAGAUAUUCAGGUGAUAUGUCUCAAUUCACCAUUCCCGACGGUGAUUAUUCUUGGAUCGAUAUAGAUGACUUCAUUGAGCUGGACUGGGUGCUGCCAAAUAGCAAAACACCCAAGACUAAGGUCAUGCCUCUUGCUUUCACUCCGAGGUUCACGUACUUCCGUCAGACGGAUCAUACCGACCCGGGGGGUUGCGUGCUGAAUCCGUGCAGCUCUUUUGGAGAUGAGCCAACCCAUGACUGUCUCAUGUCUGAGAAUAAUGGUAGGCCAAGAUAUCACUGUCCCUAUCCUAGACGUUCAUCUAACAGGAUAGAUCCCCGAGAAAUACAAUGCGGGCUUGUUCAGGCUCGGCUUGAGAAGGUUAAUGAACAGAUGAACAGGAACAAGGAGGCUUUAGAUAAUCUGGCCCAGUAUACCAAGGCCAAGCCCAAAGACCCGGAGCUGGAAGCGCAGGUAAUAUGUCACACAAUGAGACUGGUUUUAUCUAGUACUAAGCUUUAUAUAGUCCUCCGAACUCAUCGAACAAAGCUCGAUCCUUUUCAACAAGCUUGAUUUCCUCCAGACAAUGCUGCGGAGAAUGUCCAGUAGACUCGAUGGUGACGACAAGCCCGGUGUGAACAGCAGUCCACGCCAUGAACGUCACGGAUCGGACGCCGAUUCUGAGCUUAUUGGGGUGGAUUCUUCACCUUUCGAUUAUGUGAGCGACUUUGAUAAUCGAUUUAUAGUACAUAACAUGCAAGCCAAGUGGAAUAAUUCACUUCGGAACAUCAUCUUGAAGUACAUUCAUCAGGUCGGUCAGCGGCGCGGUUUCGUGUACUAUAUGUCUCGCCGAGCUGUCAAGUUCAUCCUCGACAUAGUACAGGAACAGAAGCAGUCUGGUCGGAGCAACGCAUCAGCCACCGGCGAAUACACACCUUCUGGCCCCGCUUCCACCCCCAAUGGUGACAUUGAUAGUAUGACCCUCGAGAGCCGGAUCCAGCAACUUCUUGAUGACGAUAACAAAUAUGUUGUUGCCGAUGAAAAGCCAAACGAUUCAGAGGAGAAUGACGCAUCGACGAGGACAUAUGCUAGAGACGACCUCACCGGGGAUGUUGCUGAUGAUUAUCUACCGUUGAACAGCUACCAUAUCCGGCUUAUUGCCCCUCAGAUUCAGAUGCAAAGCGAGAAGAACAAGGGCGCCGCAGUUCUUGUUGCCGCACAAGGUAUGCAGCUAAAAGUUGUAUCAAUUAUGGAUCGUGAUAGGGUGGGUGAUGAGGUUAGCGGUCUGGUGCAACGCCGUUUCGCGCUCAAUCUGGAGAAUACACAAUUUUUUGUAUCCCAUCGUCAAGACUUUGCGCCCCAAUCCAUGUCGUUGCAUUCCGCCAAUAGGUACGGCGCUCCGAGUGGUUCUUCGUGGCCGCCGUGGGUCCCGCUCGAGAGCAUGUUCGACUUCCAGAAUUUCCCUGUUGGGUUCUCCCGUGUGGUUGAGAGGACUUCAGCUACCCUGAGAUAUGACAAGUACAAUUCGCUUCGUUUAAAAUAUAGUGAUCGAGUUAGUGGUGGGGAGAAAACCUGCUCUGCUAAAGGCGGACCACUAGAUGUUGAACGUCGCAUAGACCAUGUGUGGGUCGACUUCCCGAAGGUUGAGGCAUCGUGCGAUUCCUCGCAGUAUUUUGCGAUGUAUAUCAUUGUUUUAGACCUGCUCUUAUAUGCGGAGCCGCUUGAAAAACUGCGGAAUGAGAAAUUGGAGAAGAUUAUGCUCGCUUCCGAUUUUAGCGAUUUAACGGGAGCGCCGGAAAUGGUUGAGCGUCUGCAAAGUCGCAUCCAUCAAUUGGAAGAAAUUAAGACCUACUUCCAGAUUAACUCACAAAACCUCGAUAUCGAGGGCUGGCAAGGGCGUGUUGCAGUUGAUGAGGACUUGGCGAGCUGUGAGGAAGAACUUUUCUUCAUGAUGAAGGCAAUUACUACGGCCCAACGGAAGCACGAGGACAGGACAUUGCAUGCAAGUGGUAUCUUGAGGUGGUACCUGACCGCCUCGGAAAUAGUGUGGCACAUGCUUCGCGAUAAGGCGGAUCCCCUCAUGGACAUACGGUUGAAGGAUGCUGGAUACAAGCGCAUGGAUAACGCAGACGGGUCGAACUUUAAUACUGUUGAGGUUGAGAUGAUGCGAGGGUAUAACCUAUUGCCUGAUGCGGUCUACCCGGAGAUGAUCGCGCCCUUCUUCGAUCAUUCACGGACAAUUGCCGAUGUUCGGCAGACGAAAAUUCUCCGCGUCUAUUGGCACAUGCUAGAGGCUAUCGCUGGAAUACCGGUUAUGGACCAUUUCGAAGUCAACCUCUUCCCCCUAAAGAUCCAACUUGAGCGUGAGAUCGGAGACAGAAUUUUCGAAUACAUCUUCCCGGGUGUCGGCACACAGGCAUUCGAGCAUGGAGGGUUUUCACCGUUUUUGGUGCACUCAAUGAAACCAAUCCCCGGUGGGUCCGAUACAGAUGAAUCCGAUGAGGAUCGUGAUGACCACCAUUUGGAUGAUAGCUCUUCAACUAAAAGCGAUGUGUCACCGGUAGAAAUUAGGCUCAGGCCAACCUUAUCUCUCACUGCCGAUCAUAGGCCCGGCUCUUCCUCAAUUUCGAAGCCGAGGUCUAAUAGCUUCAGAGCUUCAAAUGCCGGGUUCAGAGGAUCAUUUAUGCCUUCCCUCACACCAACUCAUAAGUCGUCGGUCGAAUCCCUAUCGGUGAAGUCGAGAAAAUCCACAGAGGGCCCCGCACCGAGUAUCAUUGGACUCGAAAGAAACAAAAAGCUACAGAUUUUCAAUAGGUCCGGUAAUCACGGCAAUAGAAAUGAGAAGAGGUCGGAUGAACUCUCGCAAAUGAUGUCCAGAGCUUCUAACUUUAUGACCUUGGCAUAUAUCAAGAUUCCGAGUGUGGUGCUUUGCUUGAGUUAUAAGGUAUGUGUCGCGUGGGGUCACUAUGUUGAAAUGCAAAAUCUUAUGCGCCACUUCCCAGGGGCGCGGUGACAGCAAUUUCGAGGAUGUUCACGAGUUCGUGUUUCGCAUGCCAAUGUUGGAGUACCGCAACAAGACAUGGUCGAAUCUGGAUCUGGCAAUAAGGUUGAAGAAGGACAUUAUCCGUGCUCUUAUAUCCCACACCGGCGCGAUCUUGCAGAACAAGCUCACCCAUCACCGGCCCAGCAAGACCCAGCCUAACCUUCUCAGGAUGAUGGCCAAUAACGGCUCCCUUGGUACCAACCCAAGUUUUGAUACCACUGACAGUGAUCACCCAGGGCUCGAUACUCCGUCAGAAUAUGCUUCGUCGACUCAUGCCUCAAUGUUGAUUCCCAGACCAAGCACUGGGUAUCACCUGAAGCCGCCCUCUAUAAUGCGGCCGAUGACGUCGCCGUCUUCGGCAUCAUCCAACAUGAGCUUCCCACCUUCGCCAUUAGAACUGGCUGAGGAGGCGGGCGGAAGAGUAAGAACAUCCACCUGGCCUACAUAUUUGCGGCUCCAAUUACUGAUACGAUGCAGGGUCAUGGGAUUUUUCACAAUACGUUGGGCCGUCAUCUCUCCAACCUAGGCGCAGCCGCAAGAACGCAAAGUGGGAUUGCAGACGAAUCUGAGGAGAGGUGAAUACCCCAUCCCCUCAAAUUUAGUACGGGUGCAGUGGCUAACCUGUUUCCGCAGUAUAAAAAAAAAGAGCAGACUACUGCUAGGGAAAAAGGUUUUUGGUUCUCUGUAGAUUUUUAAUCCACCGCUCUUCUUUUUCUUCUUUUUCCUCUUUUCUCCUUUGUUUGGCUGCGGCGUUUGUUAUUUUCCGAUGGGGGCGCAUGUCACACAACGUAUAAAGGGCUGUCAUUUCAUGGAGUCUCUUUUUUCUUCUUUUUCUUCUCUCUCUUCAUAUAGAUAUUUGGCCUCAAGAGUAGUAUGGUUGUUGUUUUUCUUGUUUCGGUUUUUUUCCCUUUAUUUGAUCGUUCUCUUGAUUACGUUCUCGGGUGUAGGUGCUCUCUACCGAAGUUUUUUUUUGGUUCAUGGUAGGUAGCGUUUAAGUAAUUGUUAACUGCGGAUAUAUAUAACCCAUGCGUAUAUUCUAAAUGCUGCGCUCAAUGGACUGUAAAUAUAAGUACGGGGAUAAUUCUCAUUAUGCGCAAGAAACGCCCAACAUGAUCGCUCCCCCCCUUCCCAACACAGUAGCACACCCCCCCCAUACCGCUAGCUCUCAACAGCUCCCACAGCUCUUACAAAUCCAACCCACGAUCACAGCUUUGCGCUCCUGUGCCUCACAGCCUCCUCCUCCUCCUCCUCUUCCCCAUUAGUCCUAACCAGCAACCUCUCCAAGCCCUCCCUAUAAGCUCUAAGCAACCUCAUAGGUCUCCGAUGAACACUAUCGCAAAACACAUGGGUAAACCCACCCACAGCCUUGACCCCCUCAACCCCUUCCUCGAAUAUACCAACCUCGUAUGUGACGCUCGAAGUGCCCAACUUGUUCACCCGCAGCCCCAGCUCCAGCACGGCCGGGAAGGCGCACGAUGACACGAAUGUGCAACUCGAGGACACCAUCAGGCCAAUGGAGGGACUGGCGGCAGGCAUCAUGCCGCAGUGGGUUAUUAGGUACGAAUUUACCACCGAGUCGAUGCUGCCCCCCUUUCUAUCAGUGUUUCGUCUUGUUUUGCUUGCCUCACGGUGGUCGGGGGUUUCUUACAGGAUGUUGUAAACGACGUUGUUCAAAUGGUUGUAGAUGUCGUUGUCGCUCCAUCGCGUUCGGUACGUGAGGAAGUAGCCGUAAUCGCUUCUUGUUCGCGAUUUGACGGAUGACAUUCUUCCUUUUGGUUCUUCCUUCCGUCUGGCUGGUUUGCGGGGACGAUUUGGGUUGGCUGGUUGGUUUAGGGGCUCAAGGGAGCUGUCGGUGUUUGGCGGGGGGGGGAAAGGGAAAGACUACCGGUAGUUGAGUAUACCGGCAGGAGAGAAUGGACAGGAAAUUUAUCUCCUUCCCCCUGCAAGCCGAGGCUAUCGUACUCACACAGUGUCCUGCUUUGGCCCGCGUAUCAUACCGUACCGGCAAGUUCGGUCUCACAUCGAGCCAAGGUUUAAGGGUGCGUCUGGUUGCCUGCAGGUUUCUAAAAUGCUAGAAAUGCAAAACACAAGUUGCACCCUCCAACUGUAGUUAUCACAAGUUAGCAUAAUCUGAAAAAAUCAGAGCAAGGCAGUGUAUCUGGUUGACACAGAGAGUGAAGCCAAGAAAUGUACUUUUUCCAUGGCAAUCAUCAUAGGUAUGAUACUAUGAAAACAAACCUGAGAAAAGUUACUCAUAAUAAAUUAUAAAAAAAAAUAUUGGGAGGAAAAUACAGGCAUUUGGGCUUGGUUAUCUGUUUUUAUUAUUUCCCUAUUGUCCAUUGUUGGGAGUGGUGGUGGUGUUGUUGUAAUGCCUAUGUACAUCUUGGAAGACUUUUCAUUAUGUAGUUUUGUAAAAAAAUAGGUUCUACCUAUUUUUUGGAAACCUUUGUUUUGGACUCACCAUCACAGCUCGAAUGUUGUCUCUUGGUGUCAACCAGACAUGCCACUCCAAAGCAAAAUAGGGUUUUGCUGCAAACCUCUAUGAUCGGGCUCAACAUGAAGGUUUGCCGUGGCAACCAGACGCACCCUAAAAUUUGUUGCCGGGAUGAGCAUCGCCUUAAGCGAUGCCGGGUAAUUCCUAUUUUAUUAAGGAAAGGUGAACGCGGGGAGUGAGGACGUGGGACGUGAGGGAGGGUUCUUGCCCCAUAAUAGGAGAGCAUUUGUAGAGGAAAAAAAAACGCGAGAAUCACCCUCGCUUGUACAAGUUGUAUGCAUCCAAAAAUCAACCUCUUCAUAACACUUCGAGAAUUCGUCUGGAUGUCCCGGAGGAGAUAUGCCAUGGAUAGCGUGCUUUCUAAAUUAUCCGCAGAUCUAUCCCCAACCGUGCUAGUUUCGGAGGAAGUAGAGCUGGGGCCCUCUUCGGCUUCAUCAUUGGCACCUUUGGAGAGGGGGGAAGGACAGUCGGCAGGAGGGAGGGUAUCAGUAUCAAUGGAGCCCAAACCGUCAAAGUUCGUGAAUCCGCCCCCGGUGCCGCAGUACUCUUUCGAGGAUGGAUUGAGAAGGGUACCGCCGUAUCAAUUUUCAUAUAAUACCUACUGCAAGGAGCGGUGGAGGGGGAAAGGGGUGUUGGAGGUGUUUUCGACAGAGUUUAGAGAUCGGCCGCUGGAGUACUAUGUUUGCGCUUUUCCCCAACUCCCUCCAUGUCGCUAUGAGCAUUGGUUGGCGGGCUAAGUGGCUAACUUGAACUUAGAAAUCAGCAAUAGAGAGAGGCUCCAUAAAAAUUCUUCGUAAGGAAAAAGGCCGUAUGAGGCCGGGCAUUAAAGGGAGGAGGAAUGGUGGUGGGGCACAGCCGGCCCCUAUGCAGACCAUUAUCGCAAGCCUGGACUUAAAGCUCGAGAACGGGGACAUGCUUGUACAUACACUCCACAGACACGAGCCUCCUGUGACGGCGAAACAAAUUGAAACAGUGUACGAGGAUGACCGGUUGAUCGUUAUUGAUAAACCCGCGGGGGUGCCGGUUCAUCCCGCUGGGAGGUAUAAUUUUAAUACGGUAAUUGAGAUAAUGAAGCAUGACCGUGACGGUCAUGCUCCGCUUCGUACACUCCCCCCUCCCCCCUCUCCUUCUCCUCCACUCAUAGCGCUAACGGGAGAGGAGGGGGAAAGCAUGCAACCGCCUAGACAGGCUAACCAGCGGCCUAAUGUUCAUGGCCAAAACUCCAGAAACGGCAAACGACUUCAUGGAACAGCUACAAACCCGCACCAUCAAGAAGCAAUACGUCGCCCGUGUCAAGGGCGAAUUCCCCUCUGAGGAGGUGACCUGCAACCAGCCCAUCCUCUCUGUGGCUCCAAAGUUAGGCUUGAACAGAGUCUGUCCAAGCGGGAAGACUGCAAAGACGCUGUUCAAGAGGAUAAAGUACAAUUCGGAGAAGAAUUAUAGCAUUGUGGAGUGCCAUCCGUUCACCGGUAGGACGCAUCAGAUAAGGGUGCACUUGCAGUUCUUGGGACACCCAAUAACCAACGAUCCGGUUUGUCCCCCUCCCACGAUUUUGGGCUGAUUUUUGAGGGAAUGCGACUGAUAAGAAUUCAGAUAUACUGCAACCGCAACGUCUGGGGGCCAGCCCUAGGAAAAGGUGGCGAAGGCGAGGACGAGGAGAUCAUUGAGAGGCUGAACAGAGUCGGUAGGGAGGAGGAGAUUAGAUACGAGGAGAUAAUGUACUACUUCUUCCUUUUUGACCCUUAUUAUACUAAUGGGUUGACGGAUCAAGCGAGGAUUACGAAGGCCGCAAGGCGGAGAAACUGACGGGAGAGCGAUGCGGAGUUUGCGAUACUCCAUUGUUUUCGGACCCGGGACGUCAUGAAUUGGGCAUCUACCUGCAUGCUAAGAGGUAUGCAUGUGAGGAUGGUCAAUGGGGGUACGAGACGGAAUUGCCGGAGUGGGCUACCGAGGACUGACCGGGGGGCCAUAGAUGGUCAUCCUGGACCCCCAGAUCUUUCUCGCCGGCCUGUGCGGCCAUCGCGGGGCUUAACCAGAGCUCUAGACAGCCUUAUGAUACAUAACUUGUAGAGAGAAUUACACAACAACGCCCCUCGCGCUGUUGGGGCGCUGCUCCGGAGCCCCACUACUCGUACAGUAAUCACAACAAUCGAACCGAGUAAAGAAGCUUGGACCCUAACCUCCGUGCAGAAGCCAAACUCCAAAGCGACAGACCCAUCUCCUAUGGUACCCCUCCAUACCCCACACAAACCCACUAACCGAGCAUUCAAACCCACCUCACACCGUUCUCCCCACCAGCAACCAUUGAUUCCAUACCAGCCCUCAAAUGCCCAUACCGGUGCCCACCCAUUCAAGUUAAAAGCAAUACAAUACGGGAAACCAGCCUAGAUCCAUGAUACCGUAGCGUAAUAUACCACCCCGCCAGCAAGCACGCGAGGUCCGAACGAAGGCCCCUGGUGUUAUCGCUCCAUUAUACUCAAGUACAGCUUAGCUUAAUCCCACACCUGCAGACAUUCAUGAUCGCGGGAUGCUGUGUUUUGAGUUACAGGGCGUCCUGUACUUGCCUGGUUUGGUAUGAUGCAUAGUCU